AGGGGAGGGGAGGGGAGGGGAGGCGAGGCACCGCCCUGCGCAGGAAACGAAAGGGCCCGAGCGGCGCUGCCAGCCCGAAACCGUUGGCCUGGGCCCCAUGGCGGCCGCGGAGGCGGCGGCCGCGCCCGGGGAGGCGGUGGCGGCACUGGAUCCUAGCGGGCUCUCCCCGAAGGAAGAAGGGGAGCUGGAGGACGGCGAGAUCAGCGACGAUGACAACAACAGCUUCGGGCCCUAUGGCGGUGGCGGUGGCUCCGAGCCCGGCGGCGGCCUCGUCAGCAGCAGGCCCUACUCGAGGCGCAGGCCGCCUCCCGGCCUCCGCGGGGACAUCUCCCUCUCCUCCUCCGGCCGGCGUUUCCCCCGCUCACGGCACCAGCCCCCGCCGGAGAUGGGGCACCUGCACGGCCACGGCGGAUACCGGCCCAAGGACUCGUUCCGCUCCCAUCCGCCGCCCAUGCCGGCGCCGCGGAUGCCGUCGGGCUCGCACUCCGAGACGGGCCCCCGGCUCUCUUUCUGGGAGCGCAGCCACAACGCGCUGGACCGAUUCCGCUUCCGAGGCCGGCCCUACAGGGGCGGAGGGCGCUGGGGUAGGAGCCGAGGCGGCGGCGGCGAUCGGGGAGGCAACCCUCCGGGGAGGCCGCCCGGAGGGGGAGGCGGUGCCGGAUUCAGUAGCAGCCAGGGCUGGAGGGAGCCCUCGCCUCGAAAAUCCAAAACUUUUGGAAGGUCCCCAUCUAGAAAGCAGAACUACUCUUCUAAAAAUGAAAACUCAGUGGAAGAAAGCUUUGAGGAUCUGCUCUUGAAGUAUAAGCAGAUACAAUUAGAGCUUGAACACAUUAAUAAAGAUGAAAGACUGGCUUUGAGCAACAGGGAAGAAAGUGAACAACAAGAUGAUGAUAAAACAGUGGACACUGAGGACCAAAUAACUGUAGAAAAUGACAGUAUUACAACAGAUGCUAUAAAAGAAGUAUCUCCUGAGGAGAAAAAUCCGGUUAUAGCCUUUCAGGCAUUUGAACUGAAACCUCUCAGACAAAAACUGCCUACUCCAGCUGAGAGGAGCAGAUUAAAAAAAGGCAAAGAAGGAGCGAAACAGUCAUCGCAAAAGUCUGAAGUCGCAGAAUCUGGCCAAGGUGCAGAGGACAAAGAACAAACAUCAGUGCGAAAGCUUAGCAGUUCAGAUGUUACAUCUGAAAAGAAGCUGCUUGAUGAUGAGGAGGAGAUGUCUGAAUUGCAACUUAGGCUUCUUGCACUUCAGUCUGCCAGUAAAAAAUGGCAGCAAAAAGAACAACAGGUGAUGAAGGAAAGCAAGGAAAAGUUAAAAACGAAAAGUGUAACACAGAAAGUCAAAGCCAAUACAAAAGCCCACUCAACAAAAAAAACUAGUGCUACAGCCAAGCAAGCUUUGAGGAAACAACAGACAAAGACAUCAAAGAAGAUGCAGCAGCAAAAGGAACAGGACAGGCGUCAGAAAGAGGAAGACCUGAGGAAACAAGAAGAGGAGGAGGAGAGAAGAAAGAGAGAAGAAGAAAUCAGAAAAAUUAGGGACCUCUCAAAUCAAGAAGAGCAGUAUAAUCGAUUCAUGAAGCUAGUUGGAGGAAAGAGGAGAUCAAGAAGCAGGUCUUCAGAUACGGACUUGAGAUGGUCUUUGGAUAAGCCGUCUACAGAUAGUGCAGGAGGCAUAUAUCAGUAUGAUAAUUAUGAUGAAGUUGCUAUGGAUACAGAUAGUGAAACUAACUCUCCAGCAUCUUCUCCAGUGCAGCCUCCUUUCUUUGAGUGUCCAAUAGGAUAUUUCCCACCUCCAGUUCCACCAAUUUCCUUGCCACUGCCACCUCCAAUUCCACCUGUACCAUCUUUGAGCCAACUUUAUGUGGAGGGUAUUUCUUGUGUUUCUCUUGAGCCGCCUCCACCUCUUCCACCUCUUCCCCCUGAAGAGCCUGAACAGCCACCAAAACCUCCAUUUGCAGAUGAGGAAGAGGAAGAGGAGAUGCUCUUAAGAGAAGAAUUACUCAAGUCUCUAGCCAACAAACGAGCUUUCAGAUCUGAGGAAACCUCAAGUAACAGUGGUCCACCUUCCCCUCCUGUUCCAGAUAAUUUGCAGUCUGUGCCAAGAAGCAAUCUGUCCGCUGUCAGUAUUAAUACUGUGUCACAGCCACGGGUACAAAACACAAAGUUUGUUAGAGUACCGAGGCCUCCACGAGCAGUGAUCACACUUCCAAAACACAAAUCUGUUGUAGUUACAUUAAAUGAUUCAGAUGAUAGUGAGUCCGAUGGAGAGCCAUCUAACUCAACUAACAGUGUAUUUGGAGGACUAGAAUCUAUGAUAAAAGAAGCAAGGAGGAAUGUUGAGGCCUCAAAAAUCAAAGCCCCUCCAAAAUCAGAAAAAGAAAAUGAUCCAAUGAGAACUCCAGAGGCUCUACCAGAAGAUAAGAAGAUAGAAUAUAGACUCUUAAAAGAAGAGAUUGCCAGUCGUGAGAAGCAACGCUUAAUUAAGUCUGAUCCACUGAAGAACAGCUCGUCCCCUGCAAAUUCUGAUGGUGAAGUUGAUGGAAUUGGGAGAAUAGCAGUAGUGACAAAACAAGUUACAGAAGCAGAAGCGAAGCUUAAGAAAAACAGACUUCUGUUGAUGAAGGAUGAAUCUGUCUUGAAGCAUUUGUUGCAACAAGAGGCCAAGAAGAGAGAGAAUGUUAGAAUUGCUGAAAAUAAGAUUAACAAGCUGGCUGAACAGCUACAAGCAACAGAGAAGAUCUUGAAUGCUAAUAAGAUGUUUCUCAAGAAGCUUCAGGAACAAAUUCAUAAAGUUCAACAACGAGUUACAGUAAAAAAAGCUCUGGCAUUAAAAUACGGGGAAGAACUUGCUCGAGCAAAAGCAGUAGCAAGUAAGGAAAUUGGGAAACGAAAACUGGAGCAAGAUCAUCUUGGACCAAGCAAAAUGUUGAAGUUGGAGAGCUCCCCUGCAUCAAGUCCAAAAAAGCAUUCAGCAGAAUUGAUUGCACUAGAGAAAAAACGACUACAGCAACUGGAGUAUGAAUAUGCUCUGAAGAUUCAGAAACUGAAGGAGGCCCGUGCACUCCAAACCAAGGAACAAUCAAAUAUUGCACCUCAGGCAGAAGAGGAGUCUGAAUUUGCGUUACCUCAGCCAUCACUUCAUGAUCUUACACAGGAUAAGCUGUCUUUGGACAGUGAAGAAAACUACUUUGAUGAUGAAGUUCUGUCUAAUUCAAACCGAGAACGAAGGAGGUCUUUCAGAGAAUCUAAUUCUUUCACUAAACCAAAUCUUAAACACAUGGACACUCCGAAACAAGAAACUAAAAACAAACUUUCUAAAAAGGCGUCAGAGGAGCCUGAGCUGUUCCUUGGGUUGAAUGUUGAUGAACUGAAAAAGCUUUAUGCUAAAGCUGACAGCUUGAAAGAGCUCCUAGUGAAAAGUGCUUCCUUUAUAGUACCUAAGGAAGAUCUGUUGUGUGGUCAGGAAAUUUCAGUGGACAUGGAUUUUGUUACAUCUCAAAACAAACAAACUGAAGUGAAACCAUUUCCAUUUGGACCCUAUCAUAGUCCUCUCCUAGUAUUUAAAUCCUACAGGUUUAGUCCGUAUUUUCGAACCAAGGAAAAACUGUACCUCAGUUCAGUAACGUAUAGCAAUAUGAUUGAGCCAAAACAGUGUUUCUGCCGUUUUGAUUUAACAGGCACAUGUAAUGAUGAUGACUGUCAGUGGCAGCACAUGAAAGAUUGCACUCUUAGCCGUAAGCAGCUGUUUCAGGAUAUUCUGUCUUACAACUUAGAACUGAUUGGCUGUUCAGAAAAAAGCACUGAUGAAGAAAUCAGCACUGCCACAGAAAAAUAUGUUGAAAAACUUUUUGGUAUAAACAGAGACCGUAUGUCAGUGGAUCAGAUGGCCGUUCUUCUGGCCAGCAACGUCAAUGAGAGUAAAAGUCACACACCUCCGUUUACAACAUGGAAAGAUAAAAGGAAAUGGAGACCGAAGUACUGGAGAAAACCUCUGUUAGAUAGUAGCAGCAGUGAAGAGGAACAGUUCGUUGGACCUAUUAAAUACGCCCAUCCCACAGAACAUAAAAAAAGAGUUCCAGCUCUUGAUGCUGUGGUGACUCCAGAUGAUGUUCGAUAUUUUACAAGUGAGACCGAUGACAUUUCCAACUUGGAGGCAAGUGUUCAGGAAAAUCCCUGUGAUGUACAGCUUUGGAUUAAACUUGCAUACAAAUACUUGAAUCAAAAUGAAGGCUCAUCGUCUGAGUGUUUAGAUUCUACUUUAAAUGUUUUGGCCCGAGCCCUUGAGAACAACAAAGAAAAUCCUGAAAUUUGGUGUCAUUACCUCAGACUCUUCUCAAAAAGAGGAACCAAGGAGGAGAUACAGGAAAUGUGUGAAACAGCAGUGGAAUAUGCUCCCUCUUAUCAAAUCUGGUGGACAUUUUUGAAUUUGGAGAAUUCCUUUGAUGGAAAAGACUAUGUAUGUGGGAGGAUGCUACAGUUCCUAAUGGAGGUGACAGAUGGAGAAGAAAAUCCAAAUCUUGUGUCCUUUCAGCUGCUGGAGACUCUCUUGUACAGAGUUCAGUUAAGCCUGUUUACAGGAAGACAGCAGAAUGCUCUUGUUGUGCUGCAGAAUGCUUUAAAAUCAGCAAAUGAAAAGAUAAUAUCAGAACGCCUUACUGUAAGUGACCGUUGCUUGGCUUGGCUGGCUUACAUACAUCUAACUGAAUUCGGCAUUCUCCCAGGCAAGUUCUAUGAUCCAGCUAAUGCCGGUCCUUCAAGGAUCAUGAACAAAGAGCCAUUUUUAAUACCAUGGCAAACAGUUCAAGAUGUGAAGACUGAUCCUGAUGUGCUGCUAGCUAUGUUUGAAGAUGCUGUCAAAACAUGUACUGAUGAAAACCUUGAGGCUGAAAAAAGAAUAGCUACCUGCUUUCCUCUCUACAGAAACAUGAUAGCUUUGCUGAAACUUCUUGAAAGGUGGGAGUCUGCUACAGAACUCUGUAGAUCUUUAUUGGAGCUCUGCCCUAACAACUGUCAGCUCUUGGAGAGUUUGGCCGCCUUGUAUUUGCAGAUGGAGCAGAGUGACAAUGCCUACAAAGUGUGGAUUGGAGCAUUUGAGAAGAAUCCUCAGAAUGCAGAAAUUUUUUAUCAGUUGUGUAAAUUCCUUGUUUCACAGGAAAGGUCAAGCAGUAUUCUUCCACUAUUGCAAGAUUUUGUGGCAGCUUUCUUUGAGAAUACAUGUCAACAGCAGAGUCCUAUGGAUCUCUUAAGAUAUCUCUUGAAUUUUCCAAUGCCAAUUGAAUUUACAUCACCUCUCUAUAAAGAACAGCUUACAGAUGAUGUUGUCAACCAGCAAAUCCCAUAUCUGUGGCAGAUCUACUGUUUGUGCCAGUCUCUUCACGCAAGUGUUGGUGAAGCACUGGAUGCUUAUGAAGCAGCUCUGGGGGCAGUGAUGCAGCAGGAAACUGUCCAGAACAUCUGGCUGGAUUACCUUGUUUUUAUCAAUAGCAAAGUUGUUGGAUCCAACAACAAAGUUCAAGAAUUCAAGCUUUUUACUGACCUAGUGAACAGAUGUCUGGUUACAGUCCCCACACGAUAUCCAAUUCCUUUUAGUACUGCUGAUUAUUGGACCAAUUAUGAGUUUCAUAAUAAGGUAAUUCUUUUUUAUUUGAGCUGCAUUCCAAAAUCUCAACAUUCCAAAACUUUGGAACGGUUUUGUUCUACCAUGCCUGCUAAUCCUGGACUUGCACUGAGACUGCUGCUGCGAUACUGGGAGGAGAGCAAUGUUCAAAUUCUGAAACUGCAAGCCAAGAUGUUUACAUAUAAUAUCCCAACAUGCCUGGCCAUCUGGAAAAUAGCCAUUGCUGCCGAGUGCUUUCUAAUGGGACAAAGAGAAGUCCAUCAUUUAUAUCAGAGAGCCGUUCAGAAGUUACCUCUAUGUGCAACACUGUGGAAAGAUCAACUCUUGUUUGAAGCAUCAGGAGGAGGUAAAACUGAUAACCUGAGAAAACUAGUUUCCAAGUGCCAAGAGGUUGGAGUCAGCCUAGAUGAGCUUUUAAAUUUAAACACUUACAGAACAGAAAGCAAGAAUCACUGAACGCUGGGUACGGUCAGCCAUAAGUCCUAUUAAAUGCCAAAAUCAGUUGAAUGAUUCUUCAGGCUGACCCGUGCCUAAGGUCUGUGUAAGGCAGAUGAGUAUUGCUGAGCAUAUCAAGUCUCCAAUCUGCUCUCCUUGAACCUGGAAACAAUUAACGUGACCCUCCUCUGGAAAAAUGAACUCCCUGUCUGGCCUUGCUUCUGGGCCCUGCCAGAUUCUCAUAACGUCAUGUACGUAAGUAUAGUUAAUCAAAAUGACAGACAUUAUUUUUUUAUGUUUUCUUUUUAUUUUCUGUUUUCUUUGUUUUGCUGUUCCUGAUUCACUUGACACUCUCGCUGAUGCCUGAGAGAUCUGUGUUUGGGAUUAAUUUACUGGGCUGUGUUUACAGUAAAAAGCAAGUAGUCCAUUUUGGGGUUUUCCUUUUUUAAACCUUUUUUGAGACUUUUUCAUUACAGGAUUUAAAACAAAAGCAGCCGCUCUUAAGGAAAGUGUAACUGCCGUGGCCACAAGUAUGCUUCUUGCACUUGAAGGCACUAAGAGGGUUGCUUACUGCCCUUUUCUGCAUUGGACUCACGGCAGAGACUAUUAAACUUGAAGAUUAAAGAAACUAUUGCAAAUGCCAGUGCAUCAGAACAUAAGAGUGGUCAAUUAUGUGCAAUUUUUUGUAAAGAAAUUUUAAUUUAUAAUAAAGUUUAACAGUUUAAAGAAAGUUAAUAUUGAUCUGUUUUGUAUUGGUACUACCUUGUAGU